AUGCAGGAGAACGUGGCAAAGCUCUACCCAAACCCUGAGACGUCGGCCAAGGUACUGGACUAUUCCAUAUCCAAGUCGACUGCUCUACCGGACUGGCUAGUCAAAUAUCAUGAGUGGGGCUGCAACAGCACGGAGACUCCGGGUUACCUGAUUAGCACUUAUGAGGCACAAUCCCUGGUAUUUCUGGCGAGGCUCGUGGGUGCCAAACGAGUUCUUGAACUCGGAGUGUACAUCGGUUUCAGCGCCAUGGUCUGGUCCCAUGCGGUCGGUAAGGAGGGUGAGGUCGUCGGGCUUGAACUCAGUGAGAAGUACGCCGACAUCGCGGGCAAGGCCUUCAAGGACAACGGCGUGGAGAACGUCGACGUCAAGCUGGGUGAUGCCGUGGAAUCCCUCGCUUCCCUGGCACCCUCAGAGCCCUUCGACAUUAUCUUCCUCGACGCCAACAAGGACGCGUACCCAAAGUACCUGGACCUGAUCCUCUCCAAGUCGAAGCCGGGCAGCCCGGGGCGGCUGCUCAAGCCCGGCGGGCUGAUCGUGGCGGACAACGUGCUGCGGCGCGGCAUCGUCGCGGACACCACCAUGUCGAACCCGCACUACGCCGAGGAGGUGGCGCGGCACGGCGAGCAGCGCACCAGGGACUUCUGCGUGGCGCUGCACGAGUUCAACGACAAGCUCGUGGCCGAGCCGCGGCUCGAGGCGUUCCUGGUGCCGCUUUUCGACGGGCUGGGCCUGGCUAGGUUGCUUGACUGA